CUCCCCCACUACAUUGCCCCAAGACGGAGACCCCCCCGUACCCUACGUCUUCGCUUUCCAUUGCAUUUUGAGACGCCAUGUCGCUCCUUACUGUGAGCGCGCCCGUCAACUACGAGGAGCAGGAAGCUGCCUUUGUCGACUUUCUCAAGACCUUCAAAUCCUCUUCCACCGAAGCUGCCGAGCAGCUGGAAAGCCUCGACCUGGGCGGCCAUGGCGACGACGAGUAUGAUAUGGAGGACGACUCGGACGGUCUUGCGAACGGAAGCCAAACGCGCAACAAGUCGAAGCUCAAGUACAUGAACCAGCUGCAGGACAUAGCGAAUCGCAUGCGCAGCGACAUUCUCAUAGACCUGAACGAUGUGGAGGCGUUCGAGAAAGCGACCGCGGACGACGAGCACAACUACAAACUGAUCGAGUCCAUCGAGAAAAAUGCGCACCACUACCUCGAGAUCUUCUCAAGAGCCGUCGACAAAUGCCUUCCGCAACCAACGAGAGAGCUCAGCUUCAAGGACGAUGUGCUGGACGUUAUCAUGACCCAACGCUCAAAACGUAACGAGAGGAUGCAGGAGCUGCAAGGAGCCGAAGAUGCCGCGCAAGCUGUACCAGAGUCCAUCUUUCCAGCAGCCUUGACUCGGAGAUACACGCUCAACUUCAUGCCCAGGAUACCUUCUGGAUCCAGCAGUCAACGGAGCAUCAAGGCCCUCGCCGUGCGAAAUGUCCGCGGUGAGCACCUUGGCAAUCUCAUUACCGUCCGGGGAAUUGCAACAAGAGUCUCGGAUGUCAAGCCCGCCGUACAGGUCAACGCCUACUCAUGCGAUCGCUGUGGAAGUGAAGUGUUCCAGCCUAUUACCACGAAGCAGUUCACCCCCCUGGUCGAGUGCCCAUCAGAAGAAUGCAAGAACAACAAGACCAAGGGUCAGUUGUUUCUUUCCACUCGUGCCUCCAAGUUCCUUCCUUUCCAGGAGGUCAAGAUCCAGGAGAUGUCUGACCAGGUCCCCGUCGGUCAUAUUCCUCGACAGCUGACUAUCCACUGCCACGGUGCACUAGUACGCCAGAUCAACCCGGGAGAUGUCGUUGACGUUGCUGGUAUCUUCCUUCCGACACCAUACACUGGCUUCAAGGCCAUUCGCGCUGGUCUUCUAACAGACACAUACCUCGAGGCCCAAUACGUAAUGCAGCACAAGAAAGCUUACGACGAUAUGGUCCUUGCACAGCCGACCCUGCGAAGAAUGAACGAGCUUGAGAGGACUGGUCAGCUAUACGAGUACCUAUCGCGAUCAAUUGCGCCCGAGAUCUUCGGUCACGUCGACGUGAAGAAGGCACUUCUUCUGCAGCUCAUCGGUGGUGUCACCAAGGAGGUGGGCGAUGGCAUGCGUAUCCGUGGUGACAUCAAUGUCUGUCUGAUGGGAGACCCUGGUGUUGCCAAAUCCCAAUUGCUCAAAUACAUUACCAAGGUGGCUCCUCGGGGUGUCUACACGACCGGUCGUGGUAGCAGUGGUGUAGGUCUCACUGCAGCUGUCAUGCGUGAUCCCGUCACGGACGAGAUGGUUCUCGAGGGAGGUGCUCUUGUGUUGGCUGACAACGGCAUGUGCUGCAUCGAUGAAUUCGACAAGAUGGACGACAGCGAUCGGACUGCCAUCCACGAAGUUAUGGAACAGCAAACCAUCUCAAUCAGCAAAGCUGGCAUCACCACAACACUCAAUGCCCGCACAUCGAUUCUUGCUGCCGCCAACCCUCUGUACGGUCGCUACAAUCCUCGCAUUUCCCCUGUUGAGAACAUCAACUUGCCCGCUGCGCUUCUGUCCCGUUUCGACGUUCUUUUCCUUAUCCUUGAUACCCCUGCGCGAGACUCUGACGAAGAACUGGCGCGUCACGUUACUUACGUGCACAUGCACAAUGCCCAUCCUGAGGCUCCUGGAGGCAUCGUUUUCAGUCCUGCCGAAGUCCGCCAAUGGGUCGCUCGCGCGCGAUCAUACCGCCCAACAGUCCCGAAAGAGGUCUCGGACUACAUGGUCGGUGCGUAUGUGCGCAUGCGACAGCAGCAAAAGCGCGACGAAGGUUCCAAGAAGGCGUUCACCCACACAUCACCCCGUACUCUACUUGGCAUCCUACGUUUAGCACAGGCACUGGCGCGUCUGCGAUUUGCUGAACAAGUUAUUGCGGAGGAUGUGGACGAAGCGCUCCGUCUCACUGAAGUCAGCAAGGCCAGCUUGUAUGCCGAUGAGAACCGCAGAGAUGACUACACUCCCAGCAGCAAGAUCUACAACCUCGUCAAAUCGAUGGAGGCUAGUGGUGCUGCUGCUGUCGGUGAUGGCACGAGGGGUGAACUCGACCUUCGUAGGGUCAGAGAAAGAGUACUGGCGAAGGGCUUCACCGCCGACCAGUUCGAGCAGGCCAUUGAUGAGUACUCGUUGCUUGAUGUUUGGCAAACUACUGGCGAGGGCACGAGACUUGUAUUUAUCGAGGCUGGUAACGACGAUUUGGAUAUGGAUGAUGAGGAUUUCUGAGCUCAAAUACGCGCAAUUGUUAUGAGGGUCGCUCGAGCUGGAGUUACAGGAUGGCGUCUAUUGGCGUUGGCGACCCACGUGGUUGGAGGUGGUUUGCCUUUGCAUGUGGCAUAAAACGUAUUCAAAGUACAGCGUCUAGACGAAGCGAAUGCCUAUUCACUAUCCG